CUACUGCGUGCGGUGGCAGUUUUCGUGCGUAAGUGGUGGCCGUGAGAGAAGAAGAUGGCGGCCACUGUGGUGGUUCCGGCUGAUGCGGUGGCCGGACGGGCCAACAAGCGCGGCGGCAGUGGUGGUGGAGGAGCCAGGGCUGCGGAGGAGGAACCGCCGCCGCCCCUGCAAGCAGUUCUGGUGGCUGAUAGCUUCGACCGCCGCUUCUUCCCUAUCUCCAAGGACCAGCCUCGGGUCCUCUUGCCACUGGCAAAUGUGGCACUAAUUGACUACACUCUGGAAUUCCUGACUGCCACAGGUGUACAGGAAACCUUUGUCUUUUGUUGCUGGAAGGCUGCUCAAAUCAAGGAGCAUUUAUUGAAAUCCAAGUGGUGCCACCCUACAUCUCUCAAUGUGGUUCGAAUAAUUACAUCAGAGCUAUAUCGAUCACUGGGAGAUGUCCUCCGUGAUGUUGAUGCCAAGGCCUUGGUGCGCUCGGACUUCCUUCUGGUGUAUGGAGAUGUCGUCUCCAAUAUCAAUAUUACCCGAGCUCUGGAGGAACACAGGUUGAGGCGGAAGCUAGAAAAAAAUGUAUCUGUGAUGACAAUGAUCUUCAAGGAGUCAUCCCCCAGCCACCCAACUCGUUGCCAUGAGGACAACAUGGUAGUAGCUAUAGAUAGUACCACAAACCGGGUUCUCCAUUUCCAGAAGACCCAAGGCCUCCGGCGUUUCUCUUUUCCCCUGAGCUUGUUCCAGGGCGGUGGAGAUGGGGUAGAAAUUCGCUAUGAUUUGCUGGAUUGUCAUAUCAGCAUCUGCUCCCCUCAGGUGGCUCAACUCUUUACGGAUAACUUUGACUACCAAACUCGAGAUGACUUUGUGCGAGGCCUGUUAGUGAAUGAGGAGAUCCUAGGGAACCAGAUCCACAUGCACAUAACAACUAGAGAAUACGGUGCCCGGGUGUCCAACCUACAUAUGUAUGCAGCUGUCUGCGCUGACGUCAUCCGCCGAUGGGUCUACCCUCUCACUCCUGAGGCGAACUUCGCUGACAAUACAACUCAGAGCUGCACUCAUUCCCGGCACAACAUUUACCGAGGGCCUGAGGUCAGCCUGGGCCAUGGCAGCAUCCUGGAGGAAAAUGUGCUCCUAGGCUCUGGCACUGUCGUUGGCAGCAAUUGCUCCAUCACCAACAGUGUCAUUGGCCCUGGCUGCCAUAUUGGUGAUAACGUGGUGCUGGACCAGGCUUACCUGUGGCAGGGUGUCCGAGUGGCAGAUGGAGCACAGAUCCAUCAGUCUCUGCUCUGUGACAACGCUGAGGUCAAAGAACGAGUCACACUGGAGCCACGCUGUGUUCUCACUUCCCAGGUAGUAGUGGGUCCAGACGUCACACUGCCUGAGGGCUCGGUGAUCUCUUUGCACCCUCCAGACGCAGAGGAAGAUGAGGAUGAUGGCCAGUUCAGUGACGAUUCUGGGACCAACCAAGAAAAGGAGAAGGUGAAGCUGAAAGGUUACAAUCCAGCAGAAGUCGGAGUUGCAGGCCAGGGCUACCUCUGGAAAACUGCAGGUAUGAACAUGGAAGAAGAAGAAGAACUACGGCAGAAUCUUUGGGGACUCACAGUCAACAUGGAAGAAGAGAGUGAAACUGAAAGUGAGCGAAGUAUAAAUUCUGAGGAGCUAGACAGCCGGGCAUGCUCUCCACAGAUGGAUGACAUCAAAGUAUUCCAGAAUGAAGUCCUGGGAACACUACAGCGGGGUAAAGAGGAGAACAUUUCUUGUGACAAUCUAGUCCUGGAAAUCAACUCUCUCAAGUAUGCCUACAACAUAAGCCUAAAGGAGGUGAUGCAGGUGCUGAGCCACGUGGUCCUGGAGUUUCCCCUGCAGCAAAUGGACUCUUCGCUUGACUGUAACCGCUAUUGUGCCCUGCUUCUUCCUCUGCUCAAGGCCUGGAGCCCUGUUUUUAGGAACUACAUAAAGCGUGCAGCUGACCAUUUGGAAACCUUGGCAGCCAUUGAGGACUUCUUCUUGGAGCAUGAAGUUCUUAUUACUUCCAUGGCCAAGGUGCUAAUGGCUUUCUACCAGCUGGAGAUCCUGGCUGAGGAAACAAUCCUGAGCUGGUUCAACCAAAGGGAUACAACUGACAAGGGCCGGCAGUUGCGUAAGAAUCAACGGCUGCAGAGGUUCAUCCAAUGGCUAAAAGAGGCAGAAGAGGAGUCAUCUGAAGACGACUGAAGUUGCACUGCUGUGCUUCUGUGGGUGUGAUUGCCCUCCUGGCUCCUGAGCCAGGGCAAGUGAGGAGCUACUUGCCAAAGGAUGAGUAACCACCAUCCAACUGAGACUUAAAUGAGCAGAAGCUUGAACUACAGUAUUCUUCCCACCUCCAGCAACCAUGUGCCUCCCGUCCUGACUGAGGAGUUGGAAUGAGAGAAAAUGGGCUGGAACAAAGCUUCUGUUUAGGGAGGAACUAGGCAGGCGCUGCAAUUGGAGGAAGGCCAGAGGAACAGCUUUGUGCUCUGGCUUUUCCUCAGGGAACAGCAGAGAGCAGCUGGCCUCUCUGCUGCUUGUAUUUGUUAAUAAUUAAAAGAGAGAGAGGUGUAUUUGGUUUCUUUCCAACUGACCAGGCUUUGAAGUAUGUGACCAAAGAGUUCUGAACCUCUGACAUGGCAGCGUUUCCCUAACAUCUGGGGGAGAGGAAAAAGAGGGAUAUUGUGGCCACUAGGUGGUACUGUGGUGCCUGGCUAAUAGACUAUUCUAUGGUUUAUAGGUAGUGGAGGGCCCAGAUCCUUUUCUAGCCACCGUGGACCAAUUUGUGGUCCUGAGGAGGUGUGCCUGAGCCUGUAUCUAUAGCACUUUUCUGUUAAGUUUAGUAUUUUGUACUGAGUGAUGAUGCCAAGCGUAUAUAAGGCCCAUUAGUGCUUGCCAGUCUCUCAUAUGCCUUCUCCACUUGAUCCAGUACUAGUCCUGUCAGGGAAGCUGGGUCACUCUCCAUCUUAAAAAUAAGGUAAUUUUCUUAUGGUUGCAUGCCUCUUGAGGGGUAAAGCUAAGGGCUUGAUCUUCAAUCAAGUAUACUUUCUGCUUCCGCAUUUUCAGUGUCUCAUUGAAGGGGAAAUUGCCCUCAGAGGCAAAUAUAACCCCAAGCUGGCAAUGGAUAUGCUGAAAAACAUAUGAAGGCUCUAUAAAAUGGAGUUUCCCUAAUAUUGAGUGUUUGUUUACUAUGUGAAAGGUAUUUUGUUAAGUUCUUUUCAUGCAUUAUUUUAGUUAACCCUCAUAUUAGCCCUACAAAAGUUGGUUUUAUCCCAUUUUCAGAUGAGGAGCCUAAAGCUCCAAGAAGUUAAGUAACUAAUCUGAGGUCCCAUAACUGGUAAUUGAGAGAGCCAGGAUGUGGUACUGGACUCCCAAGGUGGAAUUUUAGUCAGUUCAUUUUAUUGUUUCCCUUAACCUCAACCCCGAGACCAUGCCCCUUCUGUCUCCUCUUUUUGAGCUGUUUGUUGCUUUUUUUGUAACUCUUGACUCUGUUGACACUUAAGCUGUGGCAGGUGUCACUGUGAUAACAAGUGACCAUCUUGGGCAUCACAGAUAAAAUUUUCUUUCUUCAUUCCAGUUGGAGGAAAAGAGUAAGGUGAGGAAGAGGAUACUACUCUCCAGGUGGAGGGCAUAAAGGCAUUGGAUAUUUCUAAAGGAAAAAAACAGGCUGGCCAGGGUUUGGCUUGAUUUGCUUUUCUUGUUCAGUAAAUUUCAGUUUCUCUUUUAUCACAUACAGUACCUAGUAUUUAAAGAACAUAAAGAUGGUUAUGGCAUGGACCUAUUAGGAGAAGUUAAAUAUAAGUAACUAUGAGUCA